GGGGCGCGUGACGUCAACGAACGCUGGAGCGGCUCCUUGGCUUGAGCGAAAAAUGGGGAGAAAUUGCGAGGGCCAGCGGUGGAACAUCCGGUGAAUAGGGGAAAGCGAUCGACGACGUGGAGCAGGCCGAUUUCCCAGAAGGCCCCCGAAUCUCUGAGGGUGUGGGUUCAUCAGUAUGCGUGACAGUUUGAGUGGCCUGCGGUCUUCCUCAGUCUUGCCUUGUCUUCUCUCCUUCAUCUAACUCCCAUCGCCAGUUGUCUCACCGCCGCCAUUUUUCACAAUGCGAGGAUUCGCCCGGUCCCCGGGGAGUAGUACGCCCGCGGCGUGCCGGCGCCGCUGAGUGCUGUACCGCGUGAGGGCCCCCCCCACCCCACCCCCGGCGGCCUCUCGCGGAAUGGCUUCUCUGGACCUGCCCUAUCGCUGUCCUCGUUGCGGGGAACACAAGCGCUUCCGCUCGCUCUCCUCCCUCCGCGCCCACCUGGAGUACAACCACACCUACGAGACGCUCUACGUGCUCUCCAAAUCCAACAGUGUGUGCGACGCCGCCGCGCUGCUCCCCCUAGUGGCCGACGGAGACCUUCUCCUUGCCCCAGCCGGCAACCGCAACAACAACAUAGGCGACCCUUUCGACGGCCUUCAACUCCGCUCGUCCGCUUUCAAGGAGCGCCGGUUUCCGCGCCGCGAGCUGCCCUGUCCGGACGACUUUGCCGGUUUGACGGACACCGCGGCUCGAUACAUCCCGAAUGUGGAGUUCCCCUUGGGGGAAAUCUUUGUGAAAAAAGCCAUGAGUUCCGCCAGCGAUCACCACGGCAACCCCAGCACAGCUGUUGCUGUGGCGGCGAACGUGGCGGCGAGCGCGGUGGAGGCGGCCUACGAGGAGGGACUGGCCAGGCUGAAGGCGAGGGCAUUCGAACGUCUGGACCUUGAUGAGAGGCUGGAGAAACUCUCAGAGGAGGUAAUGGUGGAGCAGAAGAUAGCGGCACGAGUGGGCCGUCUGCAGGCGGAGCUGGAGAGGAAGAGCGGAGAGCUGGAGCGGGCCAAGCAGGAGAGUGAGCGGCUAGGCCAGGAGAAACAGGACCUAGAGGACAAGGCCUUGGAGCUCUCCCGCCAGGUGGACGUGUCGGUGGAGAUGCUGGCCAACCUCAAGCAGGACCUGGUCAGCAAGGAGGAAGAGCUCAACAACAAACAACAGGAGGUAGCCCAGAUAGACCAGUUCCUUCAGGAAACUGCGGCCAGAGAGGCCAAUGCCAAGGUGCGCCUGCAGCAGUUCAUCGAGGAACUCUUGGACCGCGCAGACCGCGCUGAGAAACAGUUGCAGAUCAUCAGCAGCUGUGGGACCACGCCCAACGGCAGCUUGGGACGCUGCAGCCUGCCUGGCUCCAUCAAGGACUCCAACAACGGACGCCAGAGGAACUCAAGUAUUUCGGGGACAUCCAGGGGAAUGUACCACGUCUCUGACAGACGCUCCUCUCCAAGCACUGGAGCCUCGGGCAGGGUCAAGACCUGUUCCCAGGGUUCGGGCGGGGGCUACGACAGCGGCGACAGCGUGGAGAUGCACCCCAUGGAAGAGUGCCCCGAGGGCCAGUAUUACCACGUCCAGUGUCGGCUGGGGGAGGGCGGCGGUCCCGGGGGCGGCGGACAGUGCUACGAGCGGGCCGGGGUGUCCCGGAGCUGGGGGCUCCGCAAGCAGGCCAUCCAGAACUGGCAGCGGCGGCCCUACCGGAACAGCACGGAGGGCGAGGAGGGCGACGUGUCGGACAUGGGCUCCAGGACCACCGAGUCGGAGGCGGAGAUGUGGGAGCAGCAGGAGAGGAGGGCCACUAUGGCCGAGACGCAGCAGUCCGGCGCACCGAGACAGUCUGGAUACCGGCCUGGCACAGGGCGCUCGGACGGGUGCUACCACCGCAACAAGCCGUGUCGCCGCGACAAGAGCCCGUCCCGGUCCAACAACGAGGUUAUCAGCCCGGAGGUUCUGAAGAUGCGGGCGGCUCUGUUCUGCAUCUUCACCUACCUGGACACCAAGACCCUGCUGAGGGCUGCCGAGGUCUGCAGGGACUGGAGGUUCGUGGCCCGUCACCCGGCUGUGUGGACCCGCGUGCUGCUGGAGAACGCCCGCGUGUCCUCCAAGUUCCUGAGUACAAUGUCCCAGUGGUGCACCCAGACGCACUCCCUCAUCCUCCAGAACCUCAAACCGCGACAGAGGGGGAAGAAGGAGACCAAGGAGGAGUACCUGAAGAGCACACGUGGUUGUCUGGAAGAGGGUCUGGAGUCCUUGCUGAAGGCUACAGGUGGGAACCUGUUGAUCCUCAAAGUGUCUCAUUGUCCCAACCUCCUGACCGACCGCUCCCUGUGGCUGGCUAGCUGCUACUGCCGCUCCCUGCAGGCCGUCACAUACAGGAGUGCCACAGACCCAGUUGGACAGGAAGUGAUAUGGGCUCUAGGAGCAGGCUGUAGAGAUAUUAUCUCCCUCCAGGUGGCGCCACUGCAUCCAUGCCAACAACCAGCUCGCUUCAGCAACCGAUGCCUGCAAACGAUUGGCAGAUGCUGGCCACACCUUCGAGCCCUGGGAGUGGGCGGCGCAGGGUGUGGCAUUCAGGGGCUAGCCUCAUUGGCGAGAAACUGCAUGCGUCUGCAGGUGCUUGAGCUGGACCACGUCAGCGAGGUCAACCAGGAAGUGGCAGCUGAGGUGUGCAGGGAGGGCCUGAAAGGCCUGGAGAUGCUGGUUCUCACCUCCACCCCCGUCACCCCCAAGGCCCUGCUCCACUUUAACAGUGUGUGCCGUAAUCUGAAGUCCAUCGUGGUGCAGAUCGGUAUAGAAGAUUACUUCGAGGACCCCAACAGCCCGGAAGCCAGAAAGCUCUUUGACGAGAUGGUGAACAAGCUCCAGGCCUUGAAAAAGAGACCAGGUUUUUCCAAAAUUCUGCACGUGAAGGCAGACAUCCUCUGCUAGCCCACUCCACCAUUCAGGACCCCCAAAGAAGAAGUGUCGGCCAUUUUGUUUCCAGCCACACCAAAAGAACCGAUCUAGCCAUUCAUAACCCCUUGACAGGGCACGAGGGCGGAGUGGCCUGAAGUACCAGUCAGACACACAUACUACUUGAAGAGGGAAUUCAGCAACUCCUGCAGAAAGACAAAGUUGAUAUCUAGCUGGCAGAUUUUUUCAAAGAAAAAACCUACACUUUUUAGGCCCGUAGCCUUGACUGAGCGACAGACCAACGCCACAGACCGUAAGUACAGACAGACCGAUGGACACCAAUGACUGUAACCACAGGCAAACGCCACGGGCAGAUCAGACCCCCAUGGAUUGACACCACAUUCCGGAACCACAGACGCACAAGUAUACUGACGGACAGACGGACACAGACAGACACCACAUACUGUGCCGACAGCCCCGACAAACGGACACCACAGACAGACUGACCGACCGGCUGACUGACACGCAGACUGAAAGCCAGUUAAGGACAGGCGCUAGAAAAGCGAGAAGCCCUCACGCAACUGAUCCUAUCGCAUACAAAGCCAGUGGAGGUCGUCCGAAAUGAUGUACCCGAUAGCUCAUCCAUUUGCACUGAUGCUUUUUUGAAGUCAGUUGUGUGUCCUGGAAUCCAACUCUACAGUGUGGUAAAGACAUAAUCCGGCAGGUAAGUCCAAGCAAAAACAAACAGGGAUCCACGUCUGUGAACUGCGAAGGGGAUUUGAAACAUUAACCCAACAGGACUAUUGGUCAGCAUAGACGGCAAUGUUGGCGGCCAUUUUUAUUUCAAAGCAACAGAGUUGUAAUCAGGAGGACUGAUGUCGUAGUGGAGCGAGCUUUCUUUAUCUCCUUUAUUUAUUGAGAGCGUUUUAGGAACACGGUCUAAGAUUAUUUUUAUCAGUACGCUAAACCGAGAGCACAUUCUGUGUUAAUGCACAUGAACAGGCAAGGAGGUUGUCUGGAGAUGUGGGGAUAUGCAUUGUGUUUUAUCAUUUUUAUCCUGCCUUGAACCAGAUAGGUCAAAAAUCCCCACCCACUCUUACUAUAAGUGUGUGUGUGCUUGCGGAAGGGAGAGCGACCCAUGAUGGAAACAUACCAACUUCAGACUAGGUCUCACAUAAAAACGUGAAUGCAUCUUUUUACAUGUUCAUUACAGGGUCUUUAUAAGUGGAUGCUGGCUCCUCCCCCACAUGGCAGUUUCAUCACAGCAGGGCGCCGUCUCUUUAUCUCACAAACUCAUGGAUUUCCUGCGGUCAGUUAUUUCUGUCUGCUGAACUCUAAUACUAUCGGCCUUUCUUUGUUUUUAAACAGGGUUGCCAGUCAAUUCAUUAUGCCUUUCUUUCAACUAGUGCCAUUUGUAGCUGUGCUUGCUAGAUCAUGUUGUCAAGUGUUUUCUCCAGUGUGCCACAAAUCUAUAAAGGCAGCAGUCAUUUAAAUGACCAUUGACUAGCUCUGUAAGAUUCAGUGGGUUACAUAUAUCUUACAUAGCCUACAUACAGUACAAUGCAAACAAAAAAUCAAAUCAUAUAUUGACAGAAUGCAAUUGUGUCCCCAGGUAUAUUUGAGUAAUAUACAUGGUACAGCUGUUUAUUUUAUGACAUAUACCGUAAUGCCAAAAGGUAUCGUCACCCCUGCGAACUUCAAAUAAUGCAACAUUUCUUCUAGAAAACGGUUUAGCUUAAAACAUGUUUUGGUAUCCACAUAUUUUUUUAUUUGGUUUUCAUUUUAAAUUCCACAAACAAAUCCUAAAAUGGUCUGGACAAUAUUAUGUGCACCUCCUAGAAUUAGUUAGAGAUACUUCAAUGUCAAGCAAAUCAUUCUCAUCUACUUUGUCACUGAACUCACCUGUGGUGGAUUGCAGGUGUGUGCAAUAUGAAAAUCAGUCAUUAUCCCAGUUUGACUAAAGAACGUGACUCAUUCAAUGUUUUGUGUCACUGUGUUUACCGCAAUGAGCAUGGAGAAAAGAAAAGAAACCGAAUUGAAUGAGGAAGUCAGACACAAGAUUAUAGCCCAGCGUGGACAACUUCAAGGCUGCAAGUCUCAUUACCAGAGACCUUGAUGUUCCUAUUUCCACUGUAUGUAAUGUUGCAGAGAAGGUUUAGACCCAUGCCACUGGUGCCAAUCUCCAUGGACCUCGCCGCAAAAGAAAACUUGAUGGGAAAUCGCAACAAAAGAGUUUUUGAAUGGUGGAGAAAUCGCUUCGAUCAACUGGCACAUGGAUUCUAGCUGACCUUCAGGCCCAAGGUAUGAUAGUUUGAGCUAGUCCCAUUUAUCGCCAAAUCCGUAAAAAGGGGUUUGUAUGUUAGGAGACGUUGUUGCAAGGACGAUAAGAAAGCCUGAAGUUUGCGAAAACACACCUGAACAUGCCCCAAUCUUUCUGUUCCUAUUCCUGUUUUACAUUCCUGUUUACGGAAAACAAAAUGAAACCGUUAAGAAAAACUUCCCAACAGUCAAAUAUUGAAGAGGUUCAGUGCCAUUUUUGGGUUGCUUUGCAGCCUCUGGGCACUGGGUGCCUUGAAUGUUUGCAUGAAAUCAGGAGAAUACCAAGGCCUUUUAGUGUGUCAGAAAGUUGUGUCUUAAUCGAAGGUCAUGGGUCUGCCAGGAGGACGAUGAUCCAAAACACACUUCAAAAAGCACACAGGAAUGAUUCAACAUGAAAUGCUGGACUAACCAAAAUCAUAUUGAAAACUUUUGGAGAGAUCUGGAAUCAGCAGUUGGAAGGCAAACUUCAAAUCUGGGAGAAUGGUGGAGUUUGUACUUCCAUGGCUAUUGGAAGCUCCUACUAUAUCUGCACCUAUUUUGGCCAAAAACUAUUCUACAAAAUAUUGAGUUUAGGGUGUCAAUAAUUUUGUCAAAGCCAUGGCUGUUCACUUUCUGAUUUAAAAGGUUCUGUAAAAUUAACCAGGGAGGAAGUAUUGUGGAGAUAAAAUACAUUGUAUAAUUUCAACUUAGA